AUGCAUAGGUAUGAUGGUGUCAAAGAAGGUCCAAAAGAUAAUGAUAUCAUACAUAUUAUGAGAAUGGAACAUGAAUGUGAGAUAUCUAAAUCAUUCGCGUGGGAUGCUCGUGAGUAUGCAAUUAGUCUGGUUAGAGGCAUUCCCGAGCAGAGUUUUGGAAAAAUUCUGAAAUACUUGCACAUGCUGAAAGAAGCUAAUCCAGGAACACACACCUUUUACGAAACCGAUGUUGAUGGGGUAUUACUUGUUGCAACAACUUUAGAUGGAGACUCCAACUUGUAUCCUAUUGCAUUUGCGGUUGUGGACCCAGAAAAUGAUCGUUCAUGGGAUUGGUUUUUCAGACAACUAAAGGUUGUUGUUCCGGACGAGCGUGCUCUUGCUUUUGUGUCAGACAGAAAUAAUUCACUUUGUAAGGCACUUGAGAAUGUGUAUCCUCUUUCUCAACGUGGAAUUUGUAUUCACCAUUUGUUGAAUAAUGUGGUCACACAUUACAGAGGAAAGGGAGUGGUUGGAUUGAUUGCAAAAGCUUCUAAAGCUUAUAGAGUUGUUGAUUUUCAGAAGCGAUUCCAAGCUGUGUGCAAUAUUAGUCCAGCUAUUGGAAAAUAUUUAACAGAUGCAGAUGUUACAAAGUGGCCUCGCUGUCAGUUUCAAGGAUACAUGUACGACAUCAGAACGACAAACCUGGCUGAAUCAAUAAACUCUACUUUGCGCUCACCAAGAGAGUAUCCAGUCCUUCCUUUGUCCCGUUGGUUCUUCGAACGACGCACACGACGUAGGAAGCACACAAAACCAUUAACUAUUGCCAUCGAGAAAAAGAUAGAUAGACGGAUUAACAAGGGUAAAACGUUUCUUGUCCAGCCAGUAAACGAGCAUCGUUUUUUGGUUCGUGGAGAUACAAUCGACUGCCUGGUUGAUUUGGACAGAAGAACCUGCUCAUGUGGAAAAUACGAACUACUGAAAAUCCCAUGUAGACACGUAAUCAAGGCUGGUUUAACAGUUGGCCGAGCCCCAUCGUUACUAACGAAUGACAUGUACACGACUUCCACUUGGAGAACAGCUUAUCAAGAAACUAUCAAUCCAAUAGGUGUUCCUGAGGAUAGUUGGGUGGUUCCAGAUACUGUUCGGAAUGCUGAUGUGCUAGCUCCUGAAUCAAGACGAGUAGCAGGAAGGAGAAGAAAAUGCAGGUAUGAGACAGUUGAAGACAAGCUCCGUUCAUCGCAAGGAGCUCAAGAAAAAAAGAGGCGCAUGUGCAGUCGAUGUGGCGAAGAGAAUCAUAACAGGGCUACGUGUGACAGAGCCAUUUAG